AUGUUUCGAUUAUCACACAUAUUUAUUUUCAUUCUUUUCACAAUUUUGGCUUAUGCUAAUCGAAUCAAUGAUGGUUCGCCCCCAGUCGUAUUAUGGCAUGGAAUGGGCGAUAGCUGUUGUAAUCCAUUAAGUCUUGGAAGAAUUAUUAAGUUAUUACAGAAGAACUUGGGAACUGAUACUUAUGUGAAGUCGUUACAAAUUGGAAAAUCUUUUGAACAGGACGUAAAGAACAGUUUUUUCAUGAAUGCUAACCUUCAAGUUCAAGAUGCUUGCAAACAAAUAUCUGUAGAUCCAAAGUUGUCUAAUGGUUAUAAUGCUAUUGGAUUUUCACAAGGAGCCCAAUUUUUGAGAGCGGUUGCACAAAGAUGUCCUAUUCCUCCAAUGUUAAAUCUUAUAUCUAUAGGCGGCCAACAUCAAGGAGUUUUUGGUAUGCCAAGAUGUCUUUAUUCUAGUCACAAAUGGUGCGAAUAUAUAAGAUUAAUUUUGAACAAAGAAGCUUAUGCAAAAUGGGUACAAAAUUCAUUAGUUCAAGCAGAAUAUUGGCAUGAUCCAAUUAAAGAAUCAGAUUAUAUAAAAGGAAGCCAUUUUUUAGCAGACAUCAACAAUGAACGCGUUAUUAAUAAAAAUUAUCGUGAAAAUUUGCUUAAAUUAAAAAACUUUAUCAUGGUUAUGUUUACAAAUGAUACAAUGGUUAUUCCAAAAGAAAGUGAAUGGUUUGCAUUUUACUCACCAGGUCAAGAUAAAGAAAUUAUGCCACUUGAACAGUCUGUAUUUUACCUUACAGACCGACUUGGUUUGAAAGUAUUAGAAGAAAGUGGACGUUUACAUUUCUUGUCAGUUCCUGGUAAUCAUCUUCAGUUUUCUGAAGAAUGGUUUUUGAAUGAAAUUGUUAACAAAUAUCUCAAAGAAUAG